AUGCGGCAUAUGCCAGCGCCGAAGAACUCGAUUUGGAACCCGCGGUUUACAUUCGGGAAGGGAGUGAGCUUAUGUCUCAGUGAUCAGUUGGUCAUGCUACCUGAUUUGGAGGAUCUCUCUCCUGAAGGUGACAUCGAAGCUGCUGACGUUGGAGAACCUGGCGAGAGCACGGAGGCUCAAGAAAGGCAGCUGAAGGCCAUCCUGAAAAGACACCAGAAGAUCUUCUUAGGUGACGGAAAUGCUGCCCCGCCUCCGGCGAGGGGCGUCAUCUGUGAUUUAGAUGUGGGUGAUGCCAGGCCAGUUGCCCAACGACCCCGAUCAGUCGGUCCACACUUGGCAAUCAAGGCGUACAAGUUGCUGAAGAAUCUCCUGGAAGCUACGCUGAUCGAACAUUCUGAAUCGCCAUGGGCAUCCCCAAUUGUGAUCGUACUCAAGAAGAAUGGAGUGGACAUUCGAAUGUGUAUCGACUAUCGAGUCGUGAAUAGUUUCAUUCAAUUGUCGAACUACCCACUACCGCUGAUUGAUGACCUCAUUACUGGUUUCGAAGGAAUGAUGUGGUUUAUGAGUCUCGAUAUGGCGAGUGGCUUCUGGGCAGUCCGAAUGACCAAGAGGGCUAAACUGAUCUCGGUAUUCACCUGCCCAAUCGGGCAUUUCCAAUGGGUACGUAUGCCAUUCGGGUUGAAUAACGCCCCACUAAUUUACCAACAUAUGAUCAACAAUUGCCUGUGGGGAUUCGUGAGGCUAUCACCCGAAGAAGAAGCACUUGUGGAUCAGGAUGUGCUAGACUACCUGAAGUUGGACCCUCAGUCGCCUAGGGAUGAAAUGGAUGUGGAACGCAGUAUGACACCGCUCGUGGAGCAAAUGACGACGCAAUAUCCCCGCACCAUCCCAAAUGGGGUCAGUCUUGGGGCGCAGUUCGUAUAUCGACGACAUCGCGCAUGGGGCGGCCACGUGGGAUCAACUAUCGGUGAUCUGGAUGCACUGCUCUAUCGGUUACGGUACUGGAAUAUCUCAGUCAGCCUGCCCAAAAGCGAGUUCGGGAAACGUGUCAUACCGUACCUCUCUCACGAGAUCGGUGCCGAAGCGAUACGUGCCACCCCGAAAAUCGUGAAAGGCAUUCAGGAGUUACCAUUUCCGUCUACCCUGAAAGGAGUCCAGUCAUUUCUAGCUGCCUCACUCUAUGAGUUGACAGAUGAUCAAGUACGCGCAAGGCGAGACUUGUCUCGAGCGAAGGAAUCGUUUGAGAUCCUGAAGAGGAAGAUCGUAUCUACUCCCCUGCUCAGGCAUCCGGACCGGACGAAACCUUUCGUGAUCAUCCCUCACGCGAAUCAGUGGGCUGCUUGCGCAGUUCUGGGACAGAUACAUGACGGACUUGUUCAGCCUGUUCGAUUCACGGGGCGCGUCCUGAAUGAAGCCGAGCUCAAGUAUCAUAUUGCUGAGAAGGAAGUCCUCGCUGUGAUGCGAGUUCUCCAUGUGUUCAAGAAUCUGAUCGAAGGAUGUCCGUUGAUAAUCUACACUCGACAUUCAGUGUUGAAGUGGGUCAUCAAUUCCAAGACCGCCGAAGACCGUCUGGUGCCAUGGGGCGUUGCUCUCUCACAGUACAACUUGGAAAUUCAGAAGGUUUCUCGAGAUGAGGAUGGUUUAGCCGCCAUUAUGGGUGCAGGUAUCAUUCCCUGGGAGCACUUAGAUAAAGUCGCCGAAGUACUCAUCCCAGCCAAGGGGCGUGUCAAACCGCCUCCAGUCGUGAGUGUUGAAAUGCUCUCAGAAGAGUACUCCGGAGUAGUCCUGAGUUUCGAUGGUGCGGCCAAAACUUCCACGAGGAAGGGCAGCUGCGGAUGCAUUCUGUGGCAGCUACCCGAAUGGAAAGUUUUGGAUACCCGAGGAUAUAUACUGGAUGGAGUCUCUGUCAAGGAAUAUUUCAGAUUGCUUAAAGGGCUUACAAUGAAAGAGGGAUUCAGGACAUAG